CAGAUAUUAUGCAAACCUUCCAAAAAAUUGCUAUAUUUUCUUCGAGAUAAAAUUUCUCUCUUCGAAGCUGGAACAGAACUUCAAGAUUAUAAACUUUUACUAACGUUUAUAAAGUAUAGAAAUUUUCAUGUUCAGACUGAACUAAUUUGUAUACCCUAAAUAAACAGUAAUAUUAAAACAAUAUUAGUAGGUAGGUUGCCGUUGAACUCAAGCAGGCAACCACAAUGUCGAAACGCCACUUAAUCAACACACUCGCCAUACUCUUCGGCGUGGGAGCUUGGGUGUCAGUCAAUGGGAUCUGGGUGGAACUGCCUCUCAUGGUGGACAGUCUGCCGGAGGGCUGGGCUCUUCCAUCUUAUCUUUCCGUCAUAAUACAGAUCGCCAACAUCGGUCCCAUAUCAUACUCCGUUCUGCAAUUGUUGCGACCUGUCAAGAGAUUGUCAGCUUUUGUCUACUUUUUAUUGACGAUUGGAUGCAUUGCUUCCCUUCUCCUGUUCUUCUUCUGGGACACCACGACUUACAUCAACGGAGAAGAACACUCCACCGCCUUGUUCAUCCUCAUAUUCUUCUUGGCCACCGUAGAUUGUACUUCAUCCGUGCUCUAUUUACCAUACAUGGCGUCUUGGAAGAGCCUGUACCUGCCUUAUUAUUCUGUAGGGGAAGGACUUUCGGGCUUCUUGCCAGCUGUAGUUGCUUUAUCACAGGGCGUUGGGUCUUCAGAUGACGGCGGUGGAGAAAUAACUCCGAACUCGAGCACAACUGUUGCAAGCGUUUCUCUACUUACUGGAGUGUACAAAAAAGCGGACAGCGCUUCCAACACCGGUCCCAAUUUUUCCGUUUCUGUGUUCUUUUUGAUACUAUUCUUCAUGAUGCUUGUGAGCUCCAUUGCCUUUUCUACACUCGACUUGCUUCCUAGCAUUCAAGACGAGAGAUCCAUUAACUAUAAGCACGCAAGCUGCAAAACGCUGCCAACGAUAGCAUCAGGUCACGGUAGUUCGAAUAACGGUUACCGAAACGGCCAACACGACAUCAGAAAACAGCCCUCACCUUUUGAUGACCAACAGAACGUCGAACAAACGCACGAAACUUCGUCUGACUUGCCAAGCAACAGUUCUGACGGCACCAACAGUUUACUGGUCGAUGAAAACGGCACCUUCGAGUGGUCUCUUCCGUUGUUCUCGUUCUUGUUAGCCGCGCAGUUCUUCGCUAGUCUCCUCAUGAACGGCUUCCUACCGUCCAUACAGUCGUACUCGUGCGCCCCGUACGGCACCACAACCUACCACCUCGCAGCCGCUCUUUCGGCCUUCGCCAACCCCUGCGCUGCCUUCACCACCGCGCUCGUGAGGCGGUCCAAGCUGAGCGUCGUGGCGGUGAUGCUGGCGGUGGGUGCGGCCUUCGCUGCCUACGCCAUCACCACCGCUGCCAUGAGCCCCAUCCCCCCUCUCGUCGGCACGCUGGCGGGAUCCAUCAUAGUCGUGCUGUCGUGGGUGGUGUUCACAUAUCUUCUGAGCUUCGUACGCGUGGAAGUGAACAACCUGCUACGCAUGACGGGCGGGCAGAAAGGCAGUCGCGUGCUCUUCUGGUCAGGCGUGUCCACUCAGACUGGGUCCUUCAUCGGGGCGCUCGUGGCCUUCCUGCUCGUCAACGUGGCCGGUGUCUUUUCUGCCUAAAUUUAUGCUAAUUUUAAUGAAGAAAUAUUCAAAGAAAUGAUAAAGGAACCGUAAUGCCAUAAAUUGUUUCAUACCUUCAUUUGGUUAAUGUCGCUGAUGCCUCCUAUGUGGAAUUGGUUAUUUUAUUAUAAGAGUUGUGCAAUGAUAGAGUUAACCUAAUAGUUACUGUCUAAUGUGUUUACAAAGCUAAUGGGUAGAUCAUUGCGAAAUUAGUAUGGGUAAUUUUUAUCGUAGUAUACUGCAUAAAACAACAGGACUCCAAAACAGGUAGAUAGACAUAUUGUUUUGAUUUGUAAGCGUGUUUAUUCAAGUCUUCUUGACCGAUAUUAUUUAUCGAAAGUAAUAUUGACGCUAUUUCAACUUUGAGGCUUCCUUGUUAGUCAACUUCUGAAGCCUUUCUUUUUAGAGGGAUAAAUGAGUGUUCGUAGUUUAGUCUGCGUUGGUUAUUGAAUCAAUUUUCGUAGCCUGUUUACCAGCCUUACCUGGAUUUUGAUUUAUUCACUAGUUGAUUUUUCAGUGUAGUGAAACAGUUGAAUGGUUUUCGUUCAUAACUAUGAAUGCAAAGUCACGUUUCUGAAAAUUUUUUAUGUUGAAUGUUGUAAUUAUUUGAUCAAAAACAAUUCAUUGUUACUAUUGAUUAUUGUCGUAUUGAAUCGCAUACACAGCCGUUUCUAGACUGUAGUUCCUUAACCCAUUAUAUAUUUGUUCAAGUUAUUUAGCUAUGAUUUUGAUUUGGUUCCUUAAGAAACGAUUCGGGAAUCGCUUGACCAUCAAUGAUCUAGUCUAGCUUUCGACGUUUGUAAUUUUAUCAGUGUUAUUUGCAUUUUUCGUGAAAAACGUUAAAUUUUGAGUAGAUUAUUAGUUCUUUUGUAUUAAUGUAAUAUAUUGUAGAUAUACAGUUCUUCUGCCUGACUUUUGUUACUUCUUAGAUGGAUUAUUUUGCUACAGAGUCGCCAUUUUAUCGUAUCGUUUGAGGAAUCCUGGAAGGCUUCUUCUAACAUGGUCAGGAGACCAAUAUUCCAUGUAUAAAAUUAGAAUUAGCCUUCCUGGAAGCCUUCUUCUAAUCCUGGAAGCCUUCUUCUAACAUGGUCAGGAGACCAAUAUUCCAUGUAUACAAUUAGAAUUAAACAGACAUUGGGCCGCAUAUUUGCACUCAUUAGCUGAAUAUUAUUGCGCAUUGCAAAUACGGGUGAUUUGAAGGCUGUCCCAGAAAUUCACUGGUUAACAAAUAGGAAAAAGUUCGUCCCUACCAGUAAUUAUCUGUAUCAUUAUCUACCAGUCAUUAUCUGUACCAGUCAUUAUUUGCCAAUGAUUGUUCGCAAUUUAUUUUCAUUUAUGGCUCCAUCGAGCUAUAAAGGUUGAAUCAAAAGUCUUGGAUACAUUUAUUAUUAAUACUAUUAAUGAUACAAAAUCAACUAAUAAUGACGCAUGCUUUUAAUAAUAUAAAAACGAUCCGGUACAUUUAGAAAGCUUGUAAUUUCAAGGUUUUACGUGGAAUGUUCCAAGAUGUUUAACUUGAGUACCAUUAGGCACACGACAUAUAAAUUUGCUAGUAAAAUUCUUGCAUAAUAUGUCUCAUCAUUGCAUUGUCAACGGUUUCAACAGCUUCUGUUAUUUUGCUAUUGAACAUUAUUUUUCCAUCAUUAGUGUGGUAAUUGUAAUGAAAGAAAUAGUAAGAGAUAUCACCUUAUCACUGUUGCAAUUUAUUAUAAAAUUUCAUGGUUUGCUUUUCCUCUCAUGGUGAUGUGUGUUCACUUGGUAACUUAGCUUUUAGUUGUAUAUUUUACUGUUGCUGUGCGGAUCUUACGUUAUGUUCCUGUACUUUUUAGUUCUAAAAAAUAUUCAUGUGUUUUUAGUUAGAUCGAAUUUGCUUCUAAAUAUCUAUCGAAUUAUAUGCUAUAUAAUAUCGAAAUGUAGUCGCUUAGGAUAAUGGUUAAAAGUAUAUUUAUUGUGAUGAUGAAACUCUUGAAGACGACUUAAUUUUCGCUUGUGUAAUUUAAAUAUUACCGUAUUCAUUACUUAUUCUUCAUAUACUCCAACCAACCCUUGGGGGGCGUUCGAUGGAAAUGGCAGGAACAAAUAUUAAAAUUUGUUGUACGCAAGAAAUACCGCCACACUAUCCUUUAUACUUUUUAAUACUAGUCCGCAGUAAAUAUUUAAGUGUGAUUUUCAUUGAUCUUUGUCCCAUUAUUUUUUUUGUAAAUUUUUCGUGCAAUUUUUUUACCUUCGUUCCAUUCUUUUUGUUGCUCUCCGCUAAAGACAUAUUAUAACAUGCGAUUCAAAUCCGGGCAUCUCUGUUCUCAGACUGGAUUUUUCACUACUUAGCGUUUACUAUUAUAAUUGAAUUGGAUAUAUAUUUACAUUUGACGUUGCUCUGAUAACAUUUCAGGCUUGUCCAUUAGUGUUUUCACCGUCCAGCUCUACGAUGCCGUUUUAAGGAACUAAAAAAUUUGUUAAAAAUGGGCUAAAAAGUUGAUCAUUCUGUGUGUUUUCAACUUCUUCAUUUUCAUCUAGUGGUACAUUAUGCACGGCAGUAUUAUUUACGUAUAAUAAAACGAAUGUCUAUU